UGGAGAUCCAUAUUUCUUGGAACCUUUCUGGAUGCAACAUGCAACAAGUAGCGCACUUGUUGUGGCGGGGUGGCAUCGAAUGGGGUAUUCAUACAGUGAUCACUCUCCCAAUAUCUCUCCAGAGCUCGAGAGCCACAUCCGCACUUUACAUUCCGUCGUCGGAAAUGCUAUCACCACCGGAAGGUACAUCGUUUUCGGCGCCGGCUCAACCCAACUUCUUAAUGCUGCAGUGAAUGCACUCUCCUCCGAUAAUUCCUCUACUCCUGCAAGGAUCGUAGCUUUAUUUCCUUAUUACCCGGUUUAUAAAAUGCAAACAGAGUUUUUCCAAUCGAAGAACUACACAUUUGAAGGAGAUGCAUCCUUGUGGGAGAACAGUACCAGCAAUGCAACUAUGAAUUUCAUUGAGUUUGUAACUUCGCCAAACAAUCCCGACGGACAGCUGAGAAAGGCAGUCCUCCAUGGCCACCCAAAUGCCAAAGCAAUAUAUGAUCAUGCCUAUUAUUGGCCACACUUUUCACCAAUUCCUACUCCUGCUGAUGAAGAUGUUAUGAUUUUUACCAUUUCUAAACUCACCGGUCAUGCCGGUGCUAGAUUCGGGUGGGCAAUAAUAAAGGAUGAGGCUGUGUACGAACGAAUGACAACAUAUAUGGGCUUGAACACUAUUGGUGUUUCUCGUGAUUCUCAAUCAAGAGCUUUAAAGCUUAUAAAAGUAGUCCUUGAAGACAGAGCAAGAGAAAUAUUCGAAUUUGGUUACAAGAUCAUGAGAGAUCGCUGGGAAAAAUUGAGUAAGACUUUGUCCACGUCCAAACGCUUUUCUCUCCAGAAACUUGCACCACAAUACUGCAGUUUUUCCCAGAAAGUUAGAGCACCUUCUCCAGCUUAUGCAUGGUUGAAGUGUGAGAGGGAAGAGGAUAGAGAUUGUUAUUCGGCCCUGGAAGCAGCCGGUAUAACUGGCCGGGAAGGUGGCAAGUUUGGUGCUGAACUUGAUCGUUAUGUGCGUCUCAGUCUCAUCCGAAGCCAAGAUGAUUUUGAUUUACUCCUUCAUCGCCUAAGCAAAAUGCCAAAAUCUCAGGGGAAGGAAGAGGGGGCCAAGCCUUUGUAGUUGAAUGUAACCAACAUCAGUUGAUUACAAUUACAAAGCUAUUGGCAUUUAUUUUGUAACAAAUCAUUAUCUAGUGAAGCGGUCAUGUCUAUUGACCCGCUAGACUAAUAUUGCUACUGGCUUAUCAUUAUCUCACAGCCGAAGUGGUCAACGGGGUGAGAUAGUGGUAAAACAAAAAUAUAGUUUUUAGCAUUAUCUAGUGAAGUGUGGUUAUACUUAUUGACCCGCUUAAAAAUAUAGAUCUAAAUUUUCUGUAAUUAUAACUUACUCUUAAAAAUCGACUUGC